ACUAAGGAUCGGGACCUUGGUUUCUCUGUACUUGUUUCACUGUUUCUCUCCUCGUCGGCGACGCCUGCCUGGAGAUAUUUAAGGGAGUGGAGGGCUUGUGCUUUGAGGUCUCAUCGCUGGCCGGAGAAGGAAAUGGAGUGGUCUUUGGAUGAAUACGAGAAGCUUGUCAUCCGGAUGAACACCCCCAGAGUUGUGAUUGAUAAUGCUGUGUGCCCGGCGGCGACGGUGGUGAAGGUUGAUAGUGCGCGGAAGGAUGGGGUGCUUCUUGAGGCGAUUCAGGCGCUCAUGGAUCUCAAUCUGUCUAUCAGGAAGGCGUAUAUGUCCUCUGAUGGUCGCUGGUUUAUGGACGUCUUCCAUGUCACUGAUCGGUUUGGCCGCAAGCUCGAUGGCCGUGUUAUACCUUACAUCGAGGAGUGUCUUGGCGCCGGUCCUGCAUCUCGCUCCGACACCAUGGAAGGUGUCACUGUUCUCGAGUUAAGCGGUACUGAUCGCCCUGGCCUGCUCUCCGAGAUCUUUGCUGUUCUAGCUGACCUCCAAUGUGGAGUCUCCGACGCCACAGUCUGGACGCACAACGGCCGUAUCGCGUCUCUUAUCUUCAUCACAAACGAAGAGGAUUCUGGCUUCCCCGUCGCCGCCGACUCCCGGAGGCUCCAGCGCAUCGAAGCGAGGCUUCGGAACGUGCUCAAAGGGGAGAACGAUAUCCGCGGGGCGCGGACCGCGGUGUCGUCGUCGUUGGCUCUCGGGAUUCAUCCUGACCGGAGGUUGCAUCAGAUGAUGUUCGAGGACCGCGAUUACGAGCGGAUGCCGUCCGGUGACGAGUCGUGGUCACCACCGUCCGUCUCCGUGCAAAAUUGGGUCGAGAGGGGGUACUCUGAAGUGAACGUCCAGUGCCGGGACCGUCCCAAGCUCUUGUUUGACGUUGUUUGCACGUUGACGGACAUGGAGUAUGUUGUGUUUCACGGGAGGAUUGAUACUGAUGGAGAUCGAGCUCAUCAGGAAUUUCAUAUCAGGCAUAAAGAUGGAAGUCCUAUCAGUUCAGGGGCGGAGAAACAACGAGUGAUUCAGUGUUUGCAGGCUGCCAUUGAACGAAGAGCAUCCUCGGGAUUGAGGCUAGAGCUCUGUACAGUUGACUGCCAGGGUCUACUCGCCGAUGUAACUCGAACAUUCCGUGAAAACGGGCUCUCAGUGACAAGAGCAGAAGUAUCAACCAAAGCGGAAAUGGCCAACAACGUGUUCUAUGUAACAGAUGCCGCGGGGCGGCCAGUUGAUCACAAGGCAAUCGAUGCUGUCCGAGAGAGAAUUGGAAUGAGAAUCUUGACAGUGAGCGAGGAACCUCAACCAAGAUUAUGCCAGAAGAGAUCCGACAAUGAGGAAGCCAGUGGCAUUGGUCUCUUCUCCUGGGGUAGCAUAGUGAAGAGAAACCUAUUCAAUUUAGGACUCAUCAGGUCCUGCUCUUAAGAGAAUACCAUAUAUACCUUGCUUCAAUUUCAAGACUCUGCUUUGUGGUCUGUAGAUAAAGAACGUGUACCAACUAGCAAGUGAGAAGAAGAGGGAAUUAAAGAAAGGAUUGUGAUACUUGAUAUUUGUUAUAUAAGUACCAAUUUGGAAGAGGCCCCAGUUGGAUUUGAUUGGUUUAUGGCUAUUGGAUAUCUUGGGGGGGGGCCAAUUUAUACAAGAUAUAUAUAUAUAUAGAUAUAUAUUAGUGUUGUAAAAAGUACAAAUUAGGGCAGUGUUGUUAUAUAAUCUCGCAGGUGGCUGGCUCUUUGUCUCUGAUUGGGGUUUGUAUGCAUACGUACACUGGUGCACAGGUCUUACUUUGUACAUAAAAAGCCAGUUUGUGUAUAAAUUUCAAAGUUCACAACUUGUGUUAGUUUGUCUUUGUUUGUACAUAUCCAACUUGAAUAUAUAGUACUGAUGCUUUUGUAGUCUUUGGAGUUGAUGGGUGGGAAAAAGGGUUUCUCUCUGUACGGUGCCAACUUGAAUUCAAUUUGGUUGUCAUCUCUCUCUCUCUCUCUCUC